AUGUGUGCUUUUGAAAACUUAAGAGUCUGAAUCUGGUAUUGUAAUAUAAUAAGUUGUGCGUUAUUCAUAUGACAUUAAUUUUAUUUGUAAAUAACACAUACAAACCUUAUUUUACUUGCAAAUUAAUGUAGAGCUUGAAAUAAAAAUACAUUUGUCUUUUAUUAUCGUAAGCAUAGAGUCUACAAUAUACAUAAUGUGUCUAAAGUCAGAUAUAGGAAAGAGACCAGCUUCAGUCCUUUAAGUUUCCAAAAGUAUACAGAAUGCAUGGCAGGAUGUCUCACUGCAAGAAAUUUAAAUGUUAAAGAUGAAGCGAGAAAUGAAAAAAAGAAAUCAACUAUUUAUAACGCAUAAUUUAUUGUAUUAGAAUAAAGUUCAGAAGUAACGCAGACAGCGUGGCAGAAAGUCUUGUGGCAAGAAAUUCGAAUGUUAAAGAUAAAUCGAAAAAUGAAAAAAGAAAUCCACUAUUUGUAACGCACAAUUUAUCGUAUUGCAAUCAGUUUCACUCCUUAGAAUUUUCAAAAGUACACACAAUGCAUGGCAGAAAGUUUUGUUGCAAGAAAUUUAAAUAUUGAGAAAAUGAACAGAGAUGCACUAUUGGUAACGCACAAUUUAUUGUAUUACAAUAAUAUAGAAAAAGAGAGGUCAGAUUUAGUUCUUUAAAUCCUCAAAAGUACGCACAAUACAUGACAGAAAGUCUUGUUCCCAAAAAUUUAAAUGUUACUGAUAAAGUGAUUACAGUAAUAUAGCAAAUAGGUGAUCAGUUUGAAUCCUUUAAGGUUUCAAAAGUACAUGGAACCCAUUGCAGGUAGUCUCAUUGCAAGAAAUUUAUUAAAGAAGACAUGAGAAAUGAAUACAGAGAUCAACUAUUUCUAACGCAUAAUUUAUUGUAUUAGAAUACACUUCAUACGUUCACAGAACGCAUGGCAAAGAGUCUUGUAACAAAUUUAAAUAAUGAGAAAACGAGAAAAUGAAGAGAGAUCCACUAUUCGAAAUAGAUAAUUUAUUGUAUUACAAUAAUAUAGAAAAAGAGAGCUCAGACUUAGUCCUUUAAUUUCUCAAAAGUACCCACGUCACAUGACAGAAAGUCAUGUUGCAUUUAAAUGUUACUGAUAAAGUGAUUACAUUUUUUCUUUAAUAAAUUUCUUGCAAUGAGACUUCCUGCAAUGCGUUCCGCGUACUUUUAAAACCUUAAAGAGUUCAAACUGAUCUCCCAUUUUCUAUUAUUUGAAGUCAUUCACUAUACAAAUUAUCUUUGUAAAAAGAAGUGAGAUCCCCAUAAAAAACUUCAAAAAAGUAAAAAAAUUACACCAAGUACAUGAAAAAGUGGAGGACUUCAAGAGUAAUCAUAGAAGAAUAGAUCACCCUAAAAAAAUUCAAGAAAGUAGAAAAAGAUGUGAAAUCGAAAUGAGCAGCCAGUACAUGAAGGUCCUUUCCAGUAAAGUGCUAGGUGACACUGUGUAACAUAAUAUCAAAUUCGAUGGUUUCCAACUGUGCACAGCUAAAAAGCUGUGUUCAACAGUGCAAACGUUCAGACCCUAAUGACCACUCAUGUAAACUGACUGCUUCACACUUUGGCGGUGAAAUGAAGAAGCUAAAUAGUGUAUCAACCACAAACUGAGUGAAGGUUUUGAUGAAUAAGCAUUAUUUUAAAAUGUAAAAUAAUGAAAAUGUACUCAUAUUGUUAGUGUUUUAAACUGACAAAUCAUCUGAAAGCCUGUAAGAGGAGGGGUAUCUGCGUCAAUGAAUGUCCUUAAAAAUAUUUUAAAACACAAUAAAAUGAAAAUGUACUCAUAUUGUCAAAGUUUUAAUUGACAAAUUAUGUGAAACUCUGCGAGAGAGAAAAUAUGAGUAUUGAUGAUCUGAGAAUGCUUUGCCUGGCCACACCAAGCAUUUGACUUCCAGGCCACGGACAUCUAGGCAAAUGUCUAAACAGUCUCAGUUUGUGGUUGAUACACUAUUUAGCUUCUUCAUUUCACCGUCAAAAUGCGGGGCAGUCAGUCAUGAGUUGUCAUUAGGGUCUGAACGUUUGCACUGUUGAACACAGCAUUUUAGCUGCGCGUAGUUGGAAACCAACGAAUUUGAUAUUAUGUUACACAGUGUCACCUUGCACUUUACUGGAAAGGACCUUCUUAUACUGGCUGCUCAUUUCGAUUUCACAUCUUUUUCUACUUUCUUGAAUUUUUUUAGGAGGAUCUUCUAUUUUUCUAUGAUUACUCCUGAAGUCCUCCACUUUUUCAUGUACGUGGUGUAAUUUUUUUACUUUUUUGAAGUUUUAUGUAUCUCGCUUUGUUUAGAAGCAGCAGAAAGCGCCACCAAUGGGUAUUACCAUUUUCAUGCAGAAAAAUCUGCUGUAAUACCGACCGGCCAAAUCGGAGAGAUCACGUGUUGUCGGUGUCUACUCUCUUAGCAAUCGAUAGUGGGUUCAUUGAUUGUAUGUUUGUAUUCGGCGGCAAUAAUAAUAAUCGUUUUAUCGUUUAAACGUUAACAUCGUUUAAAAUUAAUCAUGCCUUCUCGGGGUGAAGAUAUUUUAAAGGGUUUUCAAGUGAAUUGGAUGAAUUUACGAGAUGCUGAUAACGGUAAAAUAUUAUGGCAAGGAAACGAAGAUUUGUCUGUGCCGGAAGUUGAACACGAAGCAAGAGUUCCUAAAAAGAUUUUAAAAUGUCGAGCAAUAUCGCGGGAAAUUAAUUUCAGUUCAGCAGAACCAAUGGAAAGAUUUAGGUUAGAGCAAAAGGUGUUAUUUAAAGGACGCUGUCUGGAGGAAUGGUUUUUUGAGUUUGGCUUUGUAAUACCUAAUAGUACAAAUACAUGGCAAAGUGCAAUUCAAGCAGCACCGGAAAGCCAAAUGAUGCCUGCCGAUGUAUUGAACGGUAAUGUCGUGAUAGAGACGAAAUUUUUUGACGAUGAUCUAUUAGUCUCUACCAGCAGAGUUCGUCUAUUUUACAUCUGAACGCUUCCAUUCUGUCCUAAUAUUACAACAUGGGUCCAACUAAUAUGUUUCAACACGUACUUGGAAUGGAAUAUUAAAGAUGACUAUAACUUUAAACAAAGUGUAUAUUAAAAAUUUUACUUUUUGUGCACCUACUGUGAUAUGCAUGUGUUAAGUGUAUUUUUUCCUAAGCCUGGAAGCACAGCACUAUUCCGUUUAAAGUAAAACUAAUAAAGACUUAUCGUGAUAAUGCUUGAACUGUGAAACGUGCACUUUUAAGGCACAAUGUGUCUUCAUUUAUUAAGUAUGGAUGGAUGUAGUAAAUUUUAUACAUAUAAUACACCGAUUUAAUAAAGAAGUAAAUAUAAAA